UCUGGACAGUCUUAGUAUUCAGCUUCAUCAUGGCUGGACGCCUGCUGUUUGUCAUCCUCAUGUAUUCCUUUCACGAGGUUCAAGCACACGCUCUUCUUCCACCUAAACUGACAGUGAAUCCGGCGGUGAUCACAGAGACCGACUCAGUCACACUGAACUGUCAGUCUCCAUCAUCUGUUUCUGUGUCUCAGUGUUAUUUCUACACUUUAAGUGGAGGAACGGUCAGAGUCUUCUCAUGUCUGCAGACACUGACAGGAACUGAGCUGCUGAAGAUGUCGCAUCAAAGUUUACCUGCUGAGGUUGAAGUGAAAUGUUACUACACCGUAAAGGUUGGAGACAGAAAUUCUCAAUCUCCACACAGUGACACAUCCUCCAUCACCAUACACGCUCUUCUUCCACCUAAACUGACAGUGAAUCCACCAGUGAUCACAGAGACCGACUCAGUCACACUGAACUGUCAGACUCCAUCAUCUGUUUCUGUGUCUCAGUGUUAUUUUCACAUUUUAAGUGAAGGAACUGUCAAAGUCCUCUCUUGUCCGCAGACACUGACAGGAACCGAGCUGCUGAAGAUGGCAAAUAAGAAGUCAUCUGCUGAGGUUAAAGUGAAAUGUUACUACUUUGUAAACGUUGGAGAGAAAAAGUAUCCAUCUCCACACAGUGACACAUCCUCUAUCACCAUACACAAUAUUGUGGAAGGAGAGUCAAGCAUUAUCCAGGCAAUGCCAACCAUUACUAUGACUACAGAUUUGACUGAUAGCAGCCCAGGUGUUUCCACGACUCCUGUGAAACCAGCAAUGGAUAUUAAAGAGGUGACACAGACUAUGCAGUCUUCUACUAUGACCACAGGUCUGACUGUUAGCAGGUCUGGUGCUUCCACUCCUGUAACUCCUGCAAAACCAGCAUCAGGUCACCUGACGGUUGGAUCAAGCAACACUGAUAGUUGUAUCUCGACUUCCCUAACACCAGAGGAACCAGCACCAGAUAUUGUGGAAAGAGAGUCAAGCAUGACCCCGACAAUGCCAACAUUUAGUAUGACCAAAGGUCUGACUGUUAGCAGGCGUGGUGCUUCCACUCUGGUAACUCCUGUGAAACGAAUGUCAGGUCAAACUGUUGAUAUGCCAAGUAACACUGGUAGUUCCACCUCUACUUACCUAACACCAGUGAAACAAGCAGCAGCAGAAACGUGGAUAUUGAAGUUUGUAGCAGUUGUGACUGGUUGUGGAGUCAUUGUGGGCGUCAUCUUGCUGGUUUCUGCAAUUCUCUACAACAAAAAAACUGCAGGUUCUGAGGAAGUAAAAAGGCAAGACCCUGAAAACAAGAACUUUGACACAUACCAUAUGUACUACACCAUCGAUGAAGAGUCAGCUGCAUCAGCCCUGAAGGAUAUGGUGUACAGCACCGUGCAGGCACACUGAAGCAGUGUUAUACUGUAUAGAGAAAGAGAAGCAGACAGCCUAAAAGACUAGAGAAAUGUAAAAAUUUAAACCUUGUGUUUAAAGUUGAGUGGUAUAUUCCAGACUAAUGUUAAACGAUUGUAAUGUCUUUUUAUCAGAUCAACCAAACUGCUGUUUAAGACUGAACCAAACUUUUACAAAAAGUUUCCAAGUUUUCCCAGUUGGAUGCACUUUUAAAGUUGAGGUUCAUGAUGUACAAAGCACAGCUUGGUUUCCAAACUGCAUUUAAAUUUAGCUUUAUUUUAGAUCAAGAUUAAACAUGCAUUUAGUUUUACUCAUACACAGUAUAAUUAAGACGAAAGGUCACUCGUGUUUGUAAUUGUUUUGUUUGCUAAUGCGUUUUCUGUUUAAUGUUGGUCAUAUUUUUUAACUUACUGAUACUGUACACACUGUAUGCACAUGGCCUCCCAAUAAUACCAUACCUUGUAAUACUUUGUAUUGUUCAUUUACAUAUCACACACACACACAAACAC